GCGUAGGAGUAGGAGUAGGUGGGCAGUGGCACUUGGUCAUGUGCCACCGUCUCGUGCCCCUCUGCAUCUUCUAAGGCUUUCUCUCUGGUCUGGAGACUCUCACGCGUUUGCUUCAAGCAUUGACCCGAGCACAAAUCUUCCAGCUACUACUUGUUCCUGACCUCUUCUUGAUUUCUUUCUAUCCCCUGCCUGCCUGUCCGUGUAGUGCUCAGAUUUGGUCAGCAUGGAGCCAUGAACAGAGCUGGCAUCUGUGGUGCAGGAUCCUGACGACUUGCGUCUCUGAAGGCGAGGAGGAAGCUUCUUUUCUCAGUGCUUGAAUCUGCUAAACUUCUAGCUCUUCUUGAAGAUUUGUGAAAAAUGAAGCCACCUUUGGAAAGGAACCCAUCCAGGAAGCGCCAUUCAUGGUGGUGGGAUAGUCACAUUAGCCCCAAGAACUCAAAAUGGCUUGCAGAAAACCUUGAAGAAAUGGAUAAGCAAGUGAAGGAAAUGGUGCAGCUUAUCGAGGAAGAUGGCGACUCCUUUGCAAAGAAAGCUCAAAUGUAUUAUCAGAGGCGCCCAGUGCUCAUCACCCAUGUUGAGAACUUCUACCGGAUGUACCGCGCUUUAGCUGAGCGCUACGACAAUGUUACUGGUGAACUGCGCAAGAACAUCCCUUCAAGGAUGCAGUCCCAAGGAUCUUUAUCCGGUUCUGAGUUCAGUUCAGAGCUGCAAAGGUCGCCCACACCAUCUCCUGAGCCACAGAAGUCCUGGACAAGGGAGCAGAGCCCUAGAGCCGCCGGUUUCGACUUCUUUCUGAGCAACAAGAGCAAUGACUCACCGUCCUCAAGGAAGGAGCCCGAGUCAGCUUCACAGUCAGAAUCCGACAUGAAGUCUGAGGAUGGCGAGGAUGAUGGCAUUGCCUACACGUUGCACCAGAGGGUUCUCGAGCUCGAGGACGAUCUCAACGCCGCGAACCGGAAGCUGCUUGAUGCAAACGAAAAGCUCGAGGUUUACGAGGAGAAGAGCCUGAGGUGCCAUUGCGAAUAUAAGGAAAAUGGAAAUGGUGCCGAUCAUGCCACGGAAAUUACAGACAUUGAUGGAGAGUUCGCGUCAACUAAGGAGAAGCUACAAUCUUCAGAAGUGGAGGUCAACAGUCUCCAAAGGAGGCUCGAGGACGCCGCAAUUUUGUCAGAAGAGCACUCUAGGCUGCUGGAACAAAACAAGGGACUGGAAGCUGAAAUCGUCAGUCUGAAGGAAGAAAUGGCUUCAGCCAGACGGCAUUUCGAUGACAAACUAUCCGAGAGCAACGCCAAGAUCAACAAGUACAGACAAGAACUUGCCACUGCAUCCGAGAAGCUGCUGCAGGAGAAGUCCAGCAACAGUGCAGAGGUAGGCAAGCUGCAAGAGACGAUCCAGAUCACCAGUCGCGAGCUGGAGAAAGUUUCCGAAGAGAAAUCUCUAGUGGAGGAUCAGGUGAAGGAGCUGGAGGAGGCGAACGCUGAAGCCGAAAGGCAAAGGCAGGAGCUCGUCCAUGCGGCCGAAAUGCUCUCAGAGGACAAGUUCAGGCAUGAAGCUGAGAUCCUGACGAUGCAGCAGAGCAUCGAGGACCUGAAGCCGAGAUUCGAGAGCACCGCAAGAGAGAAAUCGCUGCUGAAACUCUGGUUCGCAGACCUGGAGCACGUCGUGGAGCGAGGAAGGAGCUUCGUCGUCACCCCGGAAUAACCCGGUUUCGUCGGGAAAAUUCAGUAGCUAGAACUUAGCAAACUAGCAGUGCUAUCUCUUUGUUUUUUUGGCCUGAGAUGUAACAUCAUACGAACUGUGAAACCCUACCGUGGACAUCAGCGUUGCCUUUUCCUGGAUUAUUUGUUGCACUGUGAGGUGAUGGGUGGUGUAUGAAACAUUUGCACUGAAUGCAUUUCCUUUGGCAA